UCACACCAAGAUGGGGUUGCACAUUUUUUGGCCAGCAACUGCUUGUUUAACUCUUUUUGUUGUCUGCGUAAUAAUAGUUUUAUUACGAUACGGUUCACGUAUCUGUAAACUGCGGCACGCACCGUUGCCAUCUGAUCAGGAGUGGGAAGAAAAGGCAUAUUCUCGAAAUCUUUCAGUUUCUGUGACCUAAAAUUGAGUAAAUGUGUGUGUUUCUAUGUUUUCAUAUCAUGUUAAAGAUCGGUUGCGUUAGAAAAGGAUUUAAAUUAGAAUCUAUUUUAACUCAAAACUACAUGCUUGUUAUACAUUUGAGAUCUGACAAUUUUUCAUAAUCAUUCCUUUAAGAAAAUUGCUUGAAUAUACAUGCGCAGGGUAGCAUCAGUUUUCUACUUUAAGAUAAUGUAAUUAUGUGCCUUAAAAAUGUACCCGUGUUUUUUAUAUGUUACCUUUUAUACGUAGAGUAAGAAAUUUUAAUGAAUGUCCGUCCAUUUAAAUUCUAGUUACAAUUUGUGUCGUGAAAAUUGGUAAAACAUUUUGUUUUCAUUACGAUAAUUUCUAAACGUAUAAAAUACAUCAAUUUAUUUAAACAAUGGCAAUUGUAACCAGCAAUAAUUUUAAGAAUAAAAGCAAUAAUUAAUAAAAAAACAAUAAUUUUAAGUUGAAGUAAAAUAUAGACCAUGACACAAAGUAUUUGCGAAAGAAGACUAAAAAACCAAAUCCGUCCGAUUUUCUAAGAUUUUGUGUAAUGACAAUUUUAUCAUUAACUGCGAACUUUUGUAUUUUUUAUAUGUAUUUCAUAUAAAUAAAAAAAUGCUUAUAUUUACAUAAAA